GUUUGCUGUAGUUUCCGAUGGGUUUCGCGUAAUCUUUCUCACACCAUCUUUUAUUGAUUUAUUUUCACGUGCUCGUUCUUGGUUAUAUCCGGUGCCAAUAAAAAUUCGAAGAAAAAAAAGAAGAUCUCGAUUAUCCAUCGUUGUGCACAUCCGAACAAAACAUGAAUGUGCGACAUCGAAAGGGGGUCUAUUACGAUUCUCGGAUUGGGUGAAAAUGACGAAAGUGAGUAACUCACCCAAUUACGGUUGAUUUCACCUCGUGAAAAUACGAGAUUAUUCGCGUGAGCGGGCUUGACACGAAAUUUCACGUAAAAAGGUGAAAUCAAGCAAUAGUUACGAAAAAUGGAUAACGUAAUGAUUGUGAUAUUUAUGCGAAAUCGAGAAAAUACGAUGCUGAGGAUACGAAGAAGACUAUGGGAUGUCUCAGAUCCAUUUGCGAUACCGGAAAACGAAUUUCAGUCUUUAUAGUUGAGAAAUGAAAAUGAAGAGGAGCGUAACAACCAAUUGGCAUCCCACCAAAAGAAAACCACUAAUCAGCCAGGAAGAAAGUACUUUACCAUACUAGUAUUGCUUGGUACAUUGUUCCUAGGUUAUAUAGCCAUAGCAAAUGAUUUAAAACCUAUGAGAAUAGGUAGCAAAGCUAUUGAUACAUUAGCAUUCUCAUUUAAUUUACAAAAACCAUUCUAUGUUGUUGUUAUUGAUGCUGGAUCUACUGGUAGUCGUGUAUUAGCUUUCAGUUUUCAUGAGUCGAUUCUUAAUGGCAAUUUAGUACUAGACAAUGAGCUAUUUAGUGAAAUAAAACCUGGUUUGAGCUCGUUCGCAGAUAAUCCAAAAGAUGCUACAAAAUCCCUGAUUACACUUUUGGAUAAAGCAAAAACUGUAAUUCCACAAUCUGAAUGGUCUCGUACAUUGUUGACUAUGAAAGCUACAGCAGGAUUGAGAUUGUUACCUGAACAUAAAGCUAACAACAUACUGGAAGAAUGCAGAAAGUUGUUUUACAUGUCCGGAUUUCAGAUUGCAAAAAAUUCUAUUUCUAUAAUGGAAGGCACAGAUGAGGGAAUCUUCUCUUGGUUCACUGUCAAUUUUUUGCUUGAUCGCUUUAACUCGGUCAGUUCUCAAACUACUGUGGCUGCAUUAGAUCUUGGGGGAGGAUCGACACAGAUCACGUUUCAGCCAAAUAGUAAUCAAGUAAAACAAUUGGAGAAACAUGUUUAUUCCAUCAAUGUAUUAAAUCAUAACAUGAGCCUAUACACGCAUAGUUAUUUAGGCAUGGGUUUAAUGGCUGCCAGAAAGGCAAUAUUAACUUAUGACAUGAAUCUGGAAGUUAUAGAUCUCAAACUCCCUAUAGAGAUACAUUCUGAAUGCAUCAAUCCGAUCGUAUCUACCGAAUGGUCGUAUAGUGGACGUGAUUAUAUUGUGAAAGGUCCGAUAAAUGGCACAUACAAAUUAAUAAAGACUCAAAACUUCGCUGGUGAUAAUGAAAAUAAACCAAUUGUACGGUUUUCGGAAUGUUCAAAGAUCAUCGAAAAAUAUGUCAAUACUUUGACAGACAAACCAAUAGGCUUAAAAGAUCAUGAACUAUAUGCGUUUUCAUACUACUUUGAACGCGCAACAGAGGUAGCACUAAUAGAUCCAUUUUUGGGUGGAAUUGUACAAUUAAGUGGAUUUUUGAAGCAAGCAAUGGAGACAUGCGACUAUCCAAACACAGAUCAGCCAUUCAUGUGUUUAGAUUUAACAUUUAUUUAUAUUUUGCUCAGAGACGGAUUUGGCUUGGAACCAACAACUAAAUUAUAUCUUUACAAGAAGAUCAAUGGCCAUGAAUUAAGUUGGGCGUUAGGAGCUGCAUUUAAUGCUCUCCAAAAUGGGCUUUGAUUUAUGUUUUAUUUGUAUUGUUGGAUGAAUUUUAUUCCACAUUUAUACAAAAGACAAGAUGGAAGAGGAACUGCAUGGAAGAGGAACAUGCACUUAAGGAAAAAUAAUAUACAAAAGCAGUUAAUAUGAUGUAAAAAUUUUGGAUUUGACAAAAUGUUUCAAUUAUUGACUGAUAUUUGUAUAAUUUGAUAUUUGUUCAAUGAAAUCUGUACAAAUGCCUAACAUAAUUGUAUAAUCUAUCUUGAUGUUACUCCUAUGAUAUAAAAAAAAUAGUAUCUAA